GAGCACUGUCCCGGUGCUGACGGGACUUGACCCAGGUGCUGAGCGGAAGGUAGAGGGCCCUGCUCCGGUGUAGGGUGUGUCUGCUCCUACUGACUGUGUCAGAGAGUCCCCGGGACUCUCCGUGAGUGUGACCGCGCUGAGGAGGGCACAGGUGCAGAGGAUGGAGGAAUCUGCUCCAACUGUCGCCGCUGUGAAUCAGGUUUCACGCAUCCAUCCUUUUCUCUAAAAAUAGUCCCUUUCUGACGCACAGUCAGAUGCUGCAGCCGAACGCGCGAGAGGAGACGGAGCUCGCUGGCAGCUUCUCAAAAGCACAAUGGCCCAUGUCGGUGGUUUUAUGGCGCUGAGUGGAUUAUAGACGUGAGCCCGUUCUUGUGACUCUCUGUGGACUGCCUGGGACACCGCCCGGACCCGCGUCAGCUCCGUCAUUUGGGCUGAGAGCGGAGCCGCGGAGCUCUUCUCACGGACUGCUCUGUGGAUCGUACCCGAGUGUGAAGAAGCUGUGUGAGAAGCCGUGAGAGUCCAGCACACGGCGCAUCUGCUUCUCCUUUACUGUCAUUUCACCACAGCCUCCCGGAGCAUCACCGCCCUCCAAAAGGACCCGUGCGCGCAUCUCUCAUCCGGGACCACGGGCUGGACUCCCCGCGUCUCGCCUUCUCGCGAUCCCGGUCUGCGUGCACAUAUGUCGAGAUGAUAUGGACCAUACUGAGUCCAUAGUUGGACGCGGUGAGAGAAGGCUUGGCGGAGAAGCAGCACAUCCAUGAAGGAGCCAUGUUGCUGCGGCUGCUCGUGUGCGGACUCCUGCUGCUGCUGCCCCCUGCUGGCCCCACGGCACUGUGCCCGAAGCGCUGCACCUGCCAGAACCUGAUGCCCUCCUACACCGUGCUCUGUGCCAACACGGGCCUCCUGUUUGUGCCGCCCAAUGUGGACAGGCAGACGGCCGAACUGCGCCUCAUGGACAACUUCAUCACCACGCUGCGGCACCGUGACUUCGCCAACAUGUCCAGCCUGAUCCACCUGACCCUAAGCCGGAACACCAUCAGUCAAAUCUGGCCCUACACGUUUGCUGACCUUCAGGAGCUCCAUGCGCUGCACCUGGACGCCAACCGCCUCACAAGCCUGGAUGACUCGCACUUCCAGGGGCUAGUCAACCUACGCCACCUCAUCCUAGCCAACAACCAGCUCCAGAGCAUCUCUGAGGGGGCCUUCCAGGACUUCUUGGAGACCCUGGAGGACCUGGACCUCAGCUAUAAUAACCUGGUGGAGAUCCCGUGGGACACCAUCGCUCUGCUGGCGAGCGUCAACACCCUGAGCCUGGACCACAACCUGAUUGAGAGUGUCCCAGAAGGCAUCUUCUCCAACCUGCACAAGCUGGCUCGUCUGGACAUGACCUCCAACAAGCUGAAGAAGAUCCCUCCUGACCCUCUGUUCCUGCGCAUCCCGGUCUACGCUAAGACCAAAGGCUCCCCUCUCACUGCGCUGGUGCUCAGCUUCGGGGGUAACCCUCUGCACUGUAACUGUGAGCUAGUGUGGCUCAGGAGGCUGACCCGAGAGGACGACCUAGAGACGUGCGCCUCCCCCACAGACCUGGCUGGGAAGUACUUCUGGACCAUCAGGGAGGAGGAGUUUGUGUGUGAGCCGCCCAUGAUCACCCGUCACACGUCCAAGAUGUUUGUGAUGGAGGGUCAGGAAGUGAGCCUGCGCUGUAAGUCCAUCGGGGACCCGGAGCCCAUUACCCACUGGGUGAGCCCUGACGGCAAGCUCAUGGCCAACACCAGCCGUACCAUCUGCUACGACAAUGGCUCCCUGGACAUCCUCAAGGCCUCCGUCAAGGACUCGGGGAAGUUCACCUGCAUCGCCUCUAAUGCAGCGGGAGAGGCCACGGCCCCGGUGGAGCUGGUGGUGAACCCGUCCCCUCACUAUGAGCCCAAACUAGACCCAGAGCCGGGCCCCUCAGACAUGCCCACCUCCAUCAAGUCCAACUGGAGCGGUGGGCAGGCUCGGGCAGACACACAGAGGGUCACCGUGUCCCACCUCGGCUCCAGCUCCGCCACCGUCACAUGGCCGGACCAGAGCCACAUCCCCGGGGUCAGGAUGUACCAGGUCCAGUACAACAGCUCCAGAGAUGACAUCCUCAUAUACAGGAUGCUGCCCUCCAGUCACAAGUCCAUGGUUCUGGGGGACCUGGCAUCUGCACGUGACUAUGACCUGUGCGUGUUUGCAGUGUAUGACGAUGGCCUGACCGCGCUCACUGGCACCAGGCUCGUGGGCUGUGUGUCCUUCACCACAGAGGCCGAGUAUGGACGCUGCCAUUCCAUACGUGACCAGUUCCUGGGGGGCACCAUGAUCAUCAUCAUCGGCGGCAUCAUCGUGGCCUCAGUGCUGGUCUUCAUUUUCAUCCUCCUCAUGAAGUACAAGCUCCACAGUCAGCACUACAAACAGAAGGCUGCGGCUCACCACACCAACGUGUGCUCCCAGACCAACGGAGGGGGAGGGGGGGUGCUUCCCGUGCCCCCGCCCCCCUCCGCAGGCUCAGGUGGGGGCCCAAACAGGAGCUCGUCUGGAGCAGAGGGGCUGGACAACUCUGUGCGGGGAACCACUGUAGUGGACUUAAACCCUGGGCAGGAGCAGGACCCCCUGUCCCAAUGAGCCCCUCCACCACCGCCUCCGUAGCCCUGCCUCUGGACUGAUGCCGCCCCUGACCACUGCCUCUGGUCUGACUCCACCCCCCCCUCUGUUCUGACUGCCCUGUGUGUGAGGAACUCAGCUGGCCUGGUGUCAGCGUUCCCCCUGAGAGCUGUGUUAGACCAGAUGCAGUGGUGGACAGUGGACAUACUCUGGACAUGCCCUGGACAUGUUUGGACAUACUAGACAUUUGUGGACAUACAGAGGACAUGUCACAUGCGCACUGCCCGAGCUUCCAGUUGUACCAGCGUGCACGUGCAGGGGGCGGGACUUCCUCUCUUAGAAUGUCCUGGUACAGAACUCACAGGGGGACAAACAUGGAAAUGUUGAGACACUUUUGGACUGUUUUUCCGUCUCCAGCUUCGAGUCAUAUGCCAAAGGAUGAACACUUACCAGGCGAUGUGGACUCGCACUGCGGACUGUCCAAGCACACGGGGACACUACAGGGACACAGCCACCUGUCCCUGUCCCACCAAGAGCACACUUUCCCAGGCACUUUAACCCCUGUGUCCUCCCUGUCUUCGCGUCCUCCGGGUUUUCUAAGCAAUAGUAUGUGGUGAGUGUGCACUAUGUGAGGGGCGUGGCCUGAAUGCUGCUGUUGUCCCGCCCUGUCCCCUCCCCCAGUCCUUCUAUCAUCCAAUAACACAACACCUGUCCAGCCGGAUUUUAUGAUUUCAUAG